AUGUCCAAAAUAUUAUACAUCGUGGGAAGUAUAUUACUCUUGCAUGCAGGAUAUUCGUCUUUUGAAUUCCACCAACUUUUAAAGACAACUCACCAUAGUUCAACGGAUUCAGGUUUACCGUCAGAUAUUAUUAUUGAAGUGCUCGUUGGAAUUGUAGUAUUAGUAGCAGGAUCUUUGAGCUCAAUUGAGAUCCCAAACUUCUUAUCUGUGGAUAAUGAAGUUAUUCACCCAGAUCACAAGUACUUGAAGCCAAUUGAAAUGUCAAAGGCAACUGCGGAAUUUGAAAAAUUGAAAAUUAACCCAUUUGCUGAAUUGGAGACUAGAAUUGAAUUCAUUGAUAUUGUUAAUAAGAGGAAAGAAUAUGCCAAAUGGUCUGGCCAAGAAGUUGAAGAAAAGUAG